UGGACAUGAAUAGAGUUUCACAUCGGUUUGCCUAGUAACGGCGGUUUUCAUUAGUUCGUUUGAUUAAUAGGUUAUUUCAGAAUCAAUGCAUUGCGUAAUGGAUCUCAUUCAAGGCAUAUCUCCUUUACCAGUAAUGAGAUUCACUCCACAAGAACAUCCUGUAUUUUCUAAAUACUCGUGUGUUUGCGACUGCGCUACAGUUUGGACAAUUGUAUUGGCAGAGAAUUGGAGGGAGAAACGAGAAACUUUAUUUUCGAAUUAUAAAGAAAACGUUACGUCGACGUAUAACGUGAUCCAUUCGUAUGGCCAUAACGUCAGAAACGAGGAAGCGCGAAAGAGCGGUGGAAGAGCAUCAGUGAAAUUGGAUAGUUUAUGGUCAGCCGCGUCCGAAACAAACACGCUAGAAACAUUAUCUCUCCAGAAAACUUCUUACAGGAAAAUCGAGGGCAAUAAAAAUGUGCCAAAUUUGUAUCUCUUCGGGCAUCUAAAAUUCUAAUAAGACACCAUGUAAAUAUCUUAGAGUAUCGUGAAAGUGCAAACAGUUAUGGCAAAUAUGGCGGCGAAGUAGUAAAAAGCGAAUUAAAACUUUUUAACUUCAAACAGAAAUGCAAGUGCUAUUUUAUAAACAAAAGUCGAUAUUUAUAUAGCGUGUAGAAGCGUGUUGCUGAAAUUGUUAACGAUAAAAUUCGAUAAAUUAGGGUAAAGUAUUACAAUGCCAAUAUUCCAUGAAAUACGUCUCUAAUUGAAUUUUAAGUAUUUCACUUACAUUUUCUACAACUUUCCCAUUACAUUUACCACAGAUGAUAUCGUACUUACAGAACAAUGUUAUAUUAGAGUUUCAGGUGUGCAAAGAAGUACAAAUUUGGCAUUCCCUCACCAUCCUCCUUUGACAUUGCCGAUCGAGUUGCUUUUGUGCACAGUCUGUUCUUCAAUCAGUCAUGCCACGUAUCUUAAACUCUCUGCCAACAACGCAUUGAAGAAUCUUAAGAGUUGCCUGUAACGAAAGUAACUGCCUUCUUCGAUGAUAUUUCUCUUCCUCGAGCAUUUUCAAAUAUCCAUCCUACGAUGAUAACCGUGUUGUACGACUUUCAUUAAAGGUGGCUGCUCGUCACUGGGAACUCGAGAUUAUUCCAAACUAUGUAUAACACGCUGUCAACCCCGUAAUCCAGCCGUGCAACUUUCGUUGACAGUAAAAUCGACGUGCCAUAAACUCGUUUCAAACUGUUCUGUCUUAAGACAGUUCUAAAGACGAGGGCGGCGUUAGCCGAGGUAAUGAAGCGGUGAAGUGCUUUUCCUCAAGCUCGAAGACUGAGAAGACAUUUAUCACGUUCUAGACGUUCGUUCUAGACGUUCACGCUGCAUCGUGCUCCCCUUUAACAAUAGUUCCCUGUAUCUACUGUAUACAUUAGUUAGAGAGAAGAAUACAUUAGUCGCGAACAAUACAUUAGUUAGAGAGAAGAUGGUACGGGCUAAUGAAAAGAACAUUUGGUAAUAGCGAGCAGUUUGCACGAUAUCAAUAUCGUUCUUCCUUUCUAUUGUUCAAACUUUAGUACGUUGCGAGAGGCUACCUAAAAAGCUGCAGUAUCGUAAAAAAAUGUCUCACACAAUUAUAGAUAUUAUUAUCGCGCGAGAAAACUGCUCAGGACAAAGUUAAACCAUUUCGAGUGGUACAUGUAUCGGUGGGAAGAAUGUCUUUCUCAAGGUCAUUUCUCUAUGACGAUUUUAGAGUCACCGAUAUAUUUUUUAAUGGAACCCCAUAUUUCGAUACGUUUUCUUAUCCUCUGUACAAAAGUAUCGAGCUACUUGCCAGAUUAUUAAGUUCGAGGAACAAUUUGCGGAAUCAUUCUUUGAGAUUAUGAGAACACACGGUGAUACGGAAUCAAGAGACGAGGCUCUCUGCAAAUAGAUAAUUUUCCUUUUCUUUGUUAAAUCGUUCUAUGUAAGGUCUCUUGGUUUACGAUCAUUCGGAAUAAAAGCUAAUACAAAUCCGAUAGCAGUAUCGCGUUACAGUUAGCGGAGACUGGCGACGAGAACUGGGAAAACGGUAUAGGUGAAUUUUAGCGUGUUUCGUUUCACAGUUUCGUGCGUGCAUCCGUCACGGCUCAAAAUUGUUUAGAGCUUAGAAAACGUUGGCGCAGCGUUCUCGCGUGAUUUUCGCGCCUUUGUCCCGAGCCGUUGUGAUCUACGGGCAAUCAGAAAUCGGAAGCGGAAAGGAGAGGAGUCAUACUUUAAGAUUUACGGACUCUUUCUUUUCCAAACGAUCACGCGCGUACACGCUGUACCCGGUAAAAAUCGUCGAAGCUCGUGAGAAUCCACCAAUACGUCGUAAACGCUCCGUUUGAUCGAAUCGAACGCUUGUAUUUACUUAUUUCGGCCUGACGGGAAUUGAACUUGGCUUUACGCACUUCGUAAGCGUACGACGAAACUACAUCCGAAGCUGAUAACCGGUGUAGCAUAAAUGUAAAUUUCGAGAACCUUUGGAACAACUUGAUCGCGCAGGCCAAUUUUUGCUUCUUCGAUUACGCGAGUAAAUUGGACAUUUUUGUUCAAAGGCCUAGAUAGUUCAAGGUCAAAUUUGGAUUACGGGCAUAGAAGUAGCGUGUAAGUAAUUAGUAUAAUCAUCCGACAACACUAUUCUCAGUAACACGAUAUGGUUAAUACGAUCGAUUUAAUUGGUCUAUGGAUGAUAUACGAUACGAAAAAGGUACACAAUGCGUACGAUUUAUUAAUGAGGUGUCAUCGAGUAAUACACGUAUGUAUAUUUAUUCACGUUGUUCCAAAUAUCUUACAGCGGCGGUCUGUAUAUACGUGUAGCACGAAUAUAUUUCAUGCUUAUGGAGGAAGUAAUAAUUGUUUAUCAUGGAACAUAAAUUCGCCUGUAUCGUAACGAAUACCGCACUCUGACGAAAUUAUGAGCUUCUAUAAUUUCUGGCCACGUCUUUCUAUUUUGCCAAGGUUGCUGGCAAUUUUUCGAAACAGGAUAAUAAUACAAAUAUGGCAUUUUUACACCACAGAGUUCUUAGAACGACGCCUUGUUAGAAUUUUAGGCGCCUCGAGGGACACAAAUUUUGCAUCUCUUCGUCAUCCUCCAUCAUCAGGUACUGAAACACUGUUAAUCGUUGUCCUAAUUGUUAUCAAUCAUACUACGACAUACAUUUCAAACUUCUCUGUCAAAUAUCUCUAAAUUUUUCAGCGAGAGAAAACAGCAACAAGGAACAGCUCUUCUAUGAGAAAAAGAUUUUAUCUUUAUUCGUGGUAGCGUCUAGUAAGGUGGAAUUCGCGCGGGUUCUCCCGCUUUGGUCCUAUGUAGCUUUCCUAUUGAAUGUUUGAUAAGAAAGCCGAGCAGCUUGCGACCAUUUCAAUACGUAUAUACACGUAUCGGGGAAAUACGUGAGAAAUGGUUCUAUUCAGCGUGGCAACGUCAGAGAAACGUGUUACCAGUGUUUGAAAACCUGCACGAUCCGGUUUCGAGGCGAGCAAAGGGGAAAAUGGAAUUCGCCGGAAACGAGAAGCAUUCGUGAGAUUCGACGGAACGAAAAGGUGGCCAGAGUGACGUGUUCUUCUUUCGAUUUUCGAUUUCAGAAGCUUCCACGCCCGCUGCAAGUUACUUCUAUAGGAGUUGUAAGACCCGACCAAGUUGUUCAGUGGGGACAGAGUUUUAUUGUUCGAGCUUUGAGAUUGUUAUUUGUUGGAAGGAAAUGUGAGAUAAUGUCCUUUUCUUUUCAUGGAAUAAAUUCGCCUGAAAUUUCUCUAAAGAAUAAAUUACCACUGUCCGGUGGAUUUUGCUUGAAAUCGAACUUACGAGCUUCCAUCCAAAGUUUCAUGAAAUUAAGCAGAAUCUUAUGAAUCACAUAAGUAAUUAUAAAACACCAGCGUAUUUGUCGUAAAUAAAAUACAAACAAUCGUUUGUUAUGCAGAACGUCUCGGCUGAAUGAGUCAAUUGUUUCAUACGAUCGUAAACAAAGCAGACAUCUAGCUGAUCUCAUCUAGCCGAGACACCCUGUACUUCAAAAUCUCUUUGUACGUAUAAUAUUAGGUCGUCCGACGAGUUGCUUUCGUUUUAUACAGAAACGAUGGAUGCACAACAUUUUCGAUUUUAUAUUAUUUUAU